ACCUUUGAGUCUCCUAUAUAUAAGGCAUUUCCAUGCAAAACUAGCUAGCUAACUCCAGUGAACAGCCGUUUUAUGGGGAAAGAAGGAAAGAUGGGUAGGGUUUUCGCAUCUCUUGUGCUUGUUUUGGUGGUUGUGCAAGCUAGCCAUGCACGUAAUGUGCCUAGCCAUGUCGGCCUCGAUAACCGACAAACAACGAUGCCAGGUGCCUCAACGGAGGAGCAAACGUUGCAAGCCGAUGCACCGAAGGCGGAUUCACCGAAGGGUACGAGUGGCAUUGAUGACAAGAAGAAUUUUAUUUACGGUGGAGUUGGUGGCUUUGCUGGGAUGGGUGGCUAUGGUGGAAUUGCUGGUGGAAUCCCUUUUCUUGGCGGCCUUGGUGGGAUUGGGAAAAUUGGUGGAAUCGGUGGUGCCGCCGGAAUAGGCGGUUAUACGGGUAUCGGUGGCCUGGGCAGUUUAGGCGGUGUUGGAGGACUUGGUGGUGGUAUUGGCGGUGGCGGCAGCCUCGGAGGUGGCAGUGGCAUUUUCCCAUCCCCUUGAUGGUUCGUGAUUUGGUGAUGUCUAGAUUUUAGGUGUUGUGAUGUUAGAUGUUAGAUGUUUAUGUCUUAAGUGGUUUAGGUUUUUUCUAGUAGUGUCUUCGGAGACAACAUGUUAUGUUAGCUGUCACUCGUCUUCCGUUGCAGUGUUCGUUUUUUUUUUUCUUCAGUAGUUUGUAAAGUUCUUUCAUCACAGCAUGGUAAUGUAAUCGCAUCUCAGUGUUGAGGAUUUAAAUCACCAUUAGCAAUGAGGUUUUAUCGUUUCGCCUAGAUGUAAUUGAUUUUAUCUAUCGUGGUAAAUAUUUGCAUGCAUGAAUCGUGUUGUAAUCUUAAACAA